AUAAAAUCUCUUUGACAAGUUCAUUAGAUUACAUAACCUCAUUUGAUUUGCCAAACGUUUUGAUUGUUUUGAUUUAAUAAUUUAUUUAAACAGUAGCAAUGGGGGCUGCAUUCGGAUAUUUCCCAGAAAGUGGCUUUAACUUAUAUUUUAGACCGGAGGUAACCCCAGGACCUGAUGAAGAACCGACUUUUGACCCUUGCCUAGGUUUUGAAAACGGUCGUAAGGAGCGAGUAAUGGUGGCCACUGAGGAACAGAUGAGGUCUGCUAAAAUACCGCCGUCCGAACGCGAUUACUGUGCUCACCACCUAUUAAAAUUUAUGGCUUGUCGCAAAGAAAACUGGCCAUGGGUUGUAAAUUGUGAACACGAGAAACAUGUUUAUGCAACAUGCAAAUAUGAUGAUUAUGUCAUCCGUAUGAAAGAAUAUGAACGCGAGCGACGUUUAAGAGUUCGUGAACAGAAAAAUAAGGAAAUUGAAGCUGCGUAAGUUCAUACGUUAAAACUGUGUAGGUUGUUUGUAAAUAAUUAAUAAACUAGAAAAAACUGAA